CAGAUUAGAGUUUAAUCCGAGGAGGAGGAUACGCUGUCAAGACGCUGUCUGCAUCUUGAGAGGACCCGCGCUGUUUGUGCAUACCAAAUACUCGCGAUUCAACGUGCUGCCGCGGUCAUAUUUUAAGACAAUACCCGACCCGCACUUAGAAGAUGAAACGCCAGUGUUCCGCUGCUGUCUUUGCCUGUCCGCCGACUUGCCAAUACGUUAAGAUGUUAGCUGGCUAACUAGCUGAAAAAGAGUAACUAAAUCGGAUUAGCUGCUAACGGCAGCCUCGCUCUGGGUGACGUCCAGGUAUUAUUUGCCGUACUAUUGCACAGCAAGCCGUUGCCUGUUUUUUAAAAUUUAUUUUAACCACAUUUCUACAGUUGUGUCAAAAAUUACUACUUUGUGCUUUAAUUAUUUGCCAGCGUUAAUGUUGCUGCAAGCUAGCUACGUUAUUAGCUAGUCAAACCACAACAAGGGCUGGACCUCCUCCGCUCGCUAAUCUUCACUGUUUGUUAGAAAGAGCAAACGUAAAAGUAGUGCCUCUGACCCCGACCGAAAGUCAAGACGGAGGUGACGGCCACACGUAUGUGUUAGCUUGUCUUCAGGCGAGCUGGACUGAGAGCUGUGCAAGAUUUGAACCCCGAAAUUAGCCGCCAGUCAAAGCGAAGAUGUCAGGAAAGGAUAAAGACAAGCAGGAGAAACAGUCCACAACGGAACGGCUGAUUAAAGCUGUGCCAUACCCUCCACAACAUAAGCUCACUAUAAAGGAGCUAUUUGAAGAUGGCAAGCCCAAUGCUGAGUUGCUUCGCAACCAUCUUGUCAAGGAGGGCAGGGUGGAGGAGGACGUGGCUCUCAGGAUCAUCAAUGACGGAGCCAACAUUCUCCGUCAAGAGAAGUGCAUGCUGGAAGUGGAGGCACCUAUAACAGUAUGCGGUGAUGUCCAUGGACAGUUUUUUGACCUUAUGAAGUUGUUUGAAGUGGGAGGAUCACCCAGUAACACACGAUAUCUCUUCCUUGGUGACUACGUAGAUCGAGGAUACUUCAGUAUUGAGUGUGUUCUCUACCUCUGGUCGCUCAAGAUCAACCACCCCACCACACUCUUCCUCCUGCGUGGGAACCAUGAGUGCCGGCACCUCACAGAGUACUUCACCUUCAAACAGGAAUGUAAAAUUAAAUACUCUGAACGGGUGUAUGACGCCUGUAUGGAGGCCUUUGACUGCCUGCCCCUUGCUGCCCUACUCAACCAACAGUUCCUGUGUGUACAUGGCGGACUCUCACCAGAAAUUAACUGCCUAGAUGACAUACGGAAAUUAGACAGGUUUAAAGAGCCUCCAGCAUUUGGGCCAAUGUGCGACCUGAUCUGGGCUGACCCUGGUGAGGACUACGGCAGUGAAAAGACUUCUGAACACUUCAAUCAUAACUCCGUCAGAGGCUGCUCCUACUUUUUCAGUUACUCGGCAGUCUGUGACUUUUUGGUAAAUAAUAACUUGCUGUCCGUAAUAAGAGCCCAUGAAGCACAAGAUGCAGGGUAUCGGAUGUACAGAAAAAGCCAGACCACAGGCUUCCCUUCAUUAAUCACAAUCUUUUCAGCUCCAAAUUACCUAGACGUCUACAACAACAAAGCUGCUGUAUUAAAAUAUGAAAAUAACGUGAUGAACAUUCGGCAGUUCAACUGCUCCCCCCACCCUUACUGGUUGCCCAACUUUAUGGAUGUCUUCACAUGGUCUUUGCCUUUUGUUGGAGAAAAAGUGACGGAGAUGCUGGUGAAUGUACUGAACAUCUGCUCUGACGACGAGCUCAUGUCAGAGGGAGACGACCUAUAUGAAGGUGGCACCUCAGCGAUGCGUAAGGAGGUGAUCCGGAACAAGAUUCGUGCUGUGGGGAAAAUGGCCCGAGUCUUCUCAGUUCUCAGGGAGGAAAGUGAGAGUGUGUUAACACUCAAAGGCCUGACCCCAACUGGAACUCUUCCAAUGGGAGUGUUGUCAGGGGGGAAGCAGACCUUACAAAGCGCCAUUCAAGGCUUCUCUCCUACGAGGAAGAUUCGCAACUUUGAGGAGGCACGAGGCCUGGACAGGAUAAACGAGAGGAUGCCACCACGCAAAGAUGGCCAGCAGCCAGACGGAACCACAAUUAACACCAACACCCCCAACAAGAAUGGCACUGAUGGAUAGGCACAGAAACACCAUCCUCCCGUCUUCACACAACCCACAACACCUGACUCAUAAUCCCCAACUGCUCUCUUUCACUCAGUAUCUUUCUGUCUUUGUUUCUCUGUCUGCCUCCUCUGUUGAAACUGCCUGUCCAUCUUCUGCUCGCCUACAGCGCGGCAGAGAGCGGAAGCAGACGCAUCAGUGGAUGAAAACAAAAGGAGGCCAUAGUGCUGGGAAAACACUUCCCAGCUGCUAAAAAAAAAAAGGACAAACAUACGAUGUGACUAUCUGGGGAAAACAAUCUAAUCUUAUUUAUUAAAGAUGAAAUAUAUUAGUUAUAUUGUGACAUAGCAACAAAUCAUUGAUUGAAGACAUUUUCCAGUUAAAUGUAUACUGUACACUGAACCUAUACAUGUCAAAAUUAUAAAGAGAAUUUUAUAAAUUUGAGUUGAUACAGAUAGAGAGAUGUUAUCCAAGAGUUUUAGUCACUUUAAGUUUGUUUGGUUUUUUUAAAAAAAAAUUGUUCUCCAUGUGUUUGAUAAGGGAAAAGAACAAAUACUGUAGCCUCAACAUCUGGAUCAAGGUUCCCGUCGAGACAUUUUACGCACUUGAGGUUCACAUACAGUGCAGUAUAUUCUUACAUGUACGUCAGUUGAAAGGUUGAUAAUGAGGGAAUUAAAAUUACAAAAUACCAUUUUAUACUUGAAGCAGAAAUUUUAAGAAGACUUUCACUGAUUGGCUGCAACAGUAAAACCCAUAACCGAUGAAGUGAAUCACACUGAUCGUCUUGUUGACAAAGACUGGGGGUACAUCAGGCAGCAAGAGAAACAGUUGAUGUUUUGGAAGCAGCAAAAGCAGCGGAUGGAAACGGCCUGGUUUGACGAAUAACGGUUUUUAUAUCUGGAGAAGCAGCAGGAUGCACUAUGGGAAGAAAACAAACCAGUGGAGGCAGUGUGAUAUUUGGACUAUGUUCUGCUGGUAAAACUUGGUUCUUGGCACUCGUGUUGAUGUUACUUUGACACCUACCUAGACAUUGUUGAAUACCCCCUUUCAUGGUAGCAGUUUUCCCUGAGGACUACUUUAAGCAGGACAACACAUCCUGCAACACUGCAGACAUUAUUCAGGAAUAGUUUCCGUAGCAGAACAAUGGGUUUGAAGUGUUGGCUUAGCCUCCCAAUUCCCCAAAUCUCAAUCUGAUCCAGCAUCUUUUGGAUGUGUUGGAUCACCCCACCCGUCAGCGUCUUGGGGCCUGAUACCUCAGGACACCUUCAGGGCUCUGUGAAGUCCAGGCCUCGAUGGGUCAGAGCUGUUGUGGUGGUGCAAGAGAGAGCUACACAACAUGAGGCAGGUGGUUUUAAUGUUGUGGCUGAUUGGUGUAUAGUCCUAUUUUAUUUCAAAUGAAUCCCCAAAUAUGCGGAAUAGAUAUUUCAGUAUUUUGUGCACUUCCACAGAAACCUUUCCUGUUUUAGUAUAUUUUGAAUGACACGGUUGAAGGAAAGGAUUAAUGCUUUGUUUGCAGUGAUGGUUGGUGUUGCUGGCUGUCCUGUGCUGGUUUUGAUUUGUGUUCACUUGAUGGCAGCUCGGAUGUUCUCGCUCCUCUACACCACAAAAAAAAGAAGAAAAAGGGAUUGUAGACACAUACAGUACGUCUUAUUCCAUCACUACCACCAGGCCCAUAGAUACUCCCACAUCAGAAACACUUGUUCUGAAGGACUGGUUAAAACAGCGUCCGUAGGGUUGAACACUGCACAAAAAGAGAACCCAACUGACUCCAAAUGGACAGCUGUUCUCUUCAGUUAUCAGAUAAAAGAGGACACAUUUGCAGAUUUUUUUUUUUCCCCACCGAGCAGUAUAUCUGCUGCCAUACUGUCCUCAAACAGACUGAUCAUUAUUACGUAGAACAUUUCAGUGUAUUUAACAGGAUUUUGGCCGUUUGAUUUGAUGUUUGAUUGUGAAACACUUAAAAAAAAAAAAGAAAGGAAAAAAGACAUGGUGUACUUUGGGGGCUUUCCUUUGUUUCUGAAACUGUAUUGGUGUCUCCAUCUACUGUUGAUUAUACAGUAUACAAGUCUGUUGAAUUCUCAUAACCACGCAUAUCUAAUAAGGGAAACAUUUGAUUACUGACAGCACUUUGAUGAUGCUGCACCCGGACACAAUGGACUGAGUCAUCCCCCUCAGCAGGGAUGAUGCUAUAAGAGGUACCAGCACCAUCCUCACAGCUGUCUUUUAGCACUCCUGACAGAACUCUAAUCAUCUCAAGCAUGGCUGAUUCACAUAUACAGUGUAUUAUUUUUACAACUCGUGGUCACACCAGCAUGGGGGACCAUUGACACCUGCUGGUGUGUUUCUGCUGUUCUCUCUCUGAAACGUUCAGCGGUCGAGCUCUCUUCUGGUCCGAACACCUCUGCACAGCCACUCCCAACCCUUUAAGACCUGUUUUUUUGUAGGACAUACUCCUAAAAACUGACUUUACUGGUGCUUCGACACACCUGACUGUAUUCUGUUGUCUUGUUGUCACUCAAGAAAGGAAGGGAAAUAAGCUUUAAGAUUUGCUAUUCUCUUGUAAAUGUACCCCCCUUUUUUUUUACGAGAAAAAAAAAAGAAUUUUGAGGCAUUUGGCCUCAUGUGCCAUGCCACCUUGGCCACAUAUGUCAAGACCCGUGUGUGUGUGUGUGUGUGUGUGUGUGUGUGUGUGUGUGUGGAUGGUGAACAGAGUCAAACCAGGAGACUUCACGUGAUUAAAGGUUAAACUGCAGCAAUCUUGAUAUCCUUAAAAAUUCCAAAAUAUUGUUGUUUGCCGUUAUGUUCAGUAGACUUCUGGGAAAGCUUCCUAAAGAUUAAGUAUUUCGGUUUACAUUCAUUACUGUGGUGUUGAAAUUUGUUUUAAAGGUAAGACUUCAUUGGUUGAGCCAUGAAGUAUACUGACCUGUCAGGUCCUAUACAUAUCUCGCAGAAUGUCAAAAAAAAACAAAACAAUGUUGUUCAUCAAAAAUCUUAUAAUAGCCGUAAAAAGGGGUGGAAUAAGCUGUACCGUAUUUGUCAUGCGAGGCCAUGAAAUCUUUUACGUAGAUGUAUCACUUGGGGAAAAAAAUAAAAUUCAAAUGCAGUGUUGUA